AUGGGGUCUAGCAACCUACGGCGGGGUUUAUCUCCUCUUCAAACAGAAUUGGAGGCAUUGGUUUGGGCUAUGCAAAGUAUGCUAGUCCAUAACAAACGACGGAUGAAUUUCCAAACAGAUAGCGCUCAGUUGGUGAAGAUGGUGUCCAAACCUGCCGAGUGGCCAGCUUUUGCGAUCUUGCUUGAAGAAGUGGAGCAUUGUAGAGGGAUGUUCCAGGCGUUCUCCCUCACAUACAUUCCCAGAACGAAGAACACAAGGGCAGACAAGCUAGCACGGAGUGCUCGAGCUCAGCCCCAUGAUGUGUAUUACAUAAACUCAGUUCCCCGAUUCCGCUUCCCGGACCGGUAUAGGAAUUUAGGCUGUUGA